AUGAAUCAUGUCGCUAAAGGCCAGCAGAACUUCCAAGUCACGCUAUUUAUUGAAGGCGGAAGAUGCUGGUACUCACAGAAGAGUGAACCGUGCGUCAGUCAGAACACGUUCCUGUUUGCAGACCACAAACCCAGGAAAGCUAGGAUGGACACUGCCGGAAAAGUUAUUAAGUGCAAAGCAGCUGUCCUAUGGGGGACGAACCAGCCCUUCUCCAUUGAGGACAUUGAAGUGGCCCCACCAAAGGCUAAGGAAGUUCGUGUUAAGAUUUUGGCCACGGGAAUCUGUGGCACAGAUGACCACGUGAUCAAGGGAACGAUGGUGUCUAAGUUCCCGGUGAUUGUGGGACACGAAGCAGUUGGGAUUGUGGAGAGUGUUGGAGAAGGGGUCACUACCGUGAGACCAGGUGACAAAGUGAUCCCCCUCUUUCUACCACAGUGUAGAGAAUGCAACCCCUGCCGCAACCCGGAGGGAAAUCUCUGCAUAAGGAGCGACCUGACAGGCCGUGGAGUAUUGGCUGAUGGCACGACCAGGUUCACGUGCAAGGGCAAACCAGUCCAGCACUUCAUGAACACCAGCACCUUCACCGAGUACACGGUCCUGGAUGAAUCCUCCGUAGCUAAGAUCGAUGCCGAGGCUCCUCCCGAGAAAGCCUGCUUGAUUGGCUGUGGAUUUUCCACUGGUUAUGGGGCUGCUGUUAAAACAGCCAAGGUCAGCCCAGGCUCCACCUGCGCUGUGUUUGGCCUGGGAGGAGUUGGCCUGUCAGUCGUCAUGGGCUGUAAAGCGGCCGGCGCCUCCCGGAUCAUCGGAAUUGACAUCAACAAGGACAAAUUUCAGAAAGCCCUGGAUGUAGGCGCCACAGAGUGUAUCAAUCCCAGGGACUUCACCAAGCCCAUCAGUGAGGUGCUGUCAGACAUGACAGGCAACACUGUCCAGUAUACUUUUGAAGUUAUCGGGCGUCUUGAGACCAUGGUUGAUGCCCUCUCAUCUUGCCAUAUGAAUUAUGGGACCAGCGUGGUGGUCGGGGCUCCCCCGUCAGCCAAGAUGCUCAGCUAUGACCCAAUGCUGCUUUUCACUGACGAACAUGGAAGGGCUGCGCCUUUUGGUGGUUGGAAGAGCAGAGAUGAUGUUCCCAAACUGGUGACUGAAUUCCUGGAAAAGAAAUUUGACCUGGGCCAGUUGAUAACCCACACCUUGCCUUUUCAUAACAUCAGUGAAGGAUUUGAAUUGCUUUAUUCAGGGCAAAGCAUUCGGACUGUCCUGACAUUUUGAGAUCCAGAGAGCUGGGUGUUCUGUGCUGGGCGACCAUGACCUGAAGCCUUGUUCCUGAC